AUGCCGACGCUACGGCGGCGCAACCCGGAACUGCCCGUGAAGGCACUGGAGGGGAUCGUGUCAGCCAACACCUUCUUCACGGUGGCGGUGUUCAUCGGCAUCACGGGCACCAUCACCCCGUCCUCCACCAUCCCUCCGGCCUGCGUGGCGGGGGACGACAUCGCGCGCAACUUCUUCCUCUUCGAGAUCCUCUCCUUCGGCUUCUACCUCCUGUCCAGCCUCGUGGCGCAGGGGAUGAAGCUGACCAUCACGCUGCUAGCCUCCGACAACUUCUACGGCGACGGCGACGCCCAGAAGCCCGCGCCGUCCGACGACUGCGAGGAGAUGCCGGCGUGGCGCGCCGCGGGGCCACGGGAGCGGCGCCGCGCCGUGCUCAGGUUCGCGCAGCCGAUGAUGCUGCUCGCUGCUGGGUGCUCCAUCAUGGGCACCUUCUUCUUGCUCCUGUCCAUGGUCGACGCCAUCCAGCUCAAGUUCGGCAUCCUCUCCUGCGGCAUCCCGCUCGCCGUCGGCGCCACCUUCGCGCUCUCUGCGCUCGUCGUCGGUGGGCUUCUCUUCUACGGAUCUACCGUCGCCUACGCCCUCACGCAUUACCUGCCCUGA